AUGGAAAUCAGAGAAGGUCGGAAAUGUAACCUUUGUAACCAGCCAGGACAUGAAGCUGUAAAUUGUAAUCAGCGAACAAUGAACCAGUGGCCAAUUAAAAGGGGUAAUGAGCAACAAGGGGAAUGUUAUAACUGCAAUAAAACAGGACAUUGGGCUAGGAACUGCCCAGAGAAGAGUAAAUUAGUAAAAUGUUACAAUUGCGGAAAAGAAGGCCACAUAUCAAGUCAAUGUAAAUGGCAACCGAUGGCAGUGGUACAAAGACAACAACCACGGCAACAGGGGAGGAAUUACCAGCAAAGAACUAAUAAUACUCAGCAACAACCAAGAAGAGUCCUAUUGAACCAGGA